GGAGUACGGUGUUAAAAUUAACUUCAUUCGAUAGCACGUGGAAUAAAAUUUUUACUCGUUCGGUAGACUCUUAACUGAAGACAUCUUUGCAGCUGCCGGCAGCCCAACGCCUCGGUUAAACUUUUAAAAGGGCCAUCCUGGUGCAAGUGAACGUGACGUGACUGAGACGCAGUAAGCAACAAUCAAACGUGCUGAAAAGGGAAAAGCCAUCAAUCCAGUACAAACCGUGCAAGCAAACAAUAGCAAACAAUGGCAAAACCAGCGUAUAAAGUCGCCGACAUUUCACUGGCCGAGUUCGGGCGAAAGGAAAUUGUGCUAGCCGAGAACGAAAUGCCUGGCCUGAUGGCGUGCAGGAAAAAGUACGGCCCACUGAAAAUCCUGAAGGGCGCUCGGAUAGCUGGCUGCUUGCAUAUGACCAUCCAGACGGCAGUUUUAAUCGAGACCCUAAUCGAGCUGGGUGCCGAGGUGCAAUGGAGCAGCUGCAAUAUCUUCAGCACGCAGGACCAUGCGGCCGCUGCCAUGGCAAAGGCCGGUGUGCCCGUGUACGCGUGGAAGGGUGAAACGGACGAGGAGUACAUGUGGUGCAUUCGGCAGACGCUCAUCUUUGCGGAUGGCAAGCCGCUGAACAUGAUCCUGGACGAUGGAGGUGAUCUUACCAAUCUGGUGCAUGCCGAACAUCCGGAACUGCUGAAGGAAAUCCGUGGUUUGAGCGAGGAGACGACGACCGGUGUACACAAUCUGUACAAGAUGUUCCGCGAGAAUCGGCUCGGCAUGCCGGCGAUCAACGUAAACGAUUCGGUAACGAAGAGCAAGUUCGACAACCUGUACGGUUGCCGGGAGUCGCUGCUGGACGGUAUUAAGCGUGCGACGGACGUGAUGAUUGCCGGCAAGGUGUGCGUGGUCGCCGGGUACGGUGAUGUGGGCAAGGGUUGCGCUCAGGCCCUGCGUAGUUCCGGCGGACGCGUGCUGGUCACGGAAAUCGAUCCGAUCAAUGCGCUGCAGGCAGCCAUGGAAGGGUACGAGGUGACGACGAUGGAGGAGGCAAGCAAGGAGGCACAAAUCUUCGUCACAACGACCGGCUGCACGGACAUCAUUAUGGGCGAGCAUUUCCUCAACAUGAAGGAUGACUCGAUCGUGUGCAAUAUCGGUCACUUCGAUUGCGAGAUCAACGUGAAAUGGUUGCAGGAAAAUGCGGUGAAGAAGGUGAACAUUAAGCCGCAGGUAGAUCGGUACGAGUUAAAGAACGGCCACCAUAUCAUCCUGCUGGCGGAGGGACGUCUCGUCAAUCUGGGCUGUGCCAUGGGCCAUUCGAGCUUUGUCAUGUCGAACUCGUUCACCAACCAAGUGCUGGCACAGAUUGAGCUGUGGACGAAUCGGGAGAAGUACGCGAUCGGUGUGCACGUGCUGCCGAAGAAGCUGGACGAGGAGGUGGCCGCCUUGCAUCUGGACAAGCUCGGCGUCAAGCUGACGAAGCUGAGCUCACACCAGGCAGAGUACCUUAACCUACCGGCGGAGGGACCCUACAAACCGGAUCAUUAUCGCUACUAAAACCCCGGGGUAUGGAGGAUGAAACAGGGAUAAGCGAGAAUACAAAGAAGAACAAAACAAACAAGUGCUUGAUGUGUGGGAAUAAUUUUGAAUGAUUCAGUGCCGAGUUUAGCAGUAAGUCUGCAAUCACAUCACAAUUGAAUAAAAAUGUCAGUAAAAUAUCA